AUGAACCCGAUAACUAAAUCCAAUAUUUCUUCUAAAAAUAGCCCAUUAGGAAGUGGUCCUGUUCUUCGUAGUGCCUCAAAUGGUAGUACAUCUACUUCGAUGUCUAAGAGGACCAAUAAUACUUACUCUAAUGAUGACUUAAUGAAAGCUAUUCUUGAAAUACAAAAUUCUCAAUCAGUACAAUUUCAAGAACUUCAUGGAUGUUUGACCUCUUUAAAAAAUGAAAUUUCUGAGCUUAAAAACGAGAACAUGGCACUUCGCCAGGAAUCGUCUGCACUUUCUGCUCGAGUGGCUCAGUUGGAAUCAAAACCGGCCGUCACUUCGGAUUCUGAAGUGUCGUCAAAGCUACUUCGUGAAAUUUCUGAGAGAAAUUCUUCUGAAUAUAACGUAAUUAUAUAUGGUCUUCCUGAGUCGGAUUCACCUUCAAUUAAUCAAAGAAUCUCCGAUGAUUGCGCUAAGCUAUCUAGUGCUUUGUCACCCAUUCAAAUUGAUUUACCUAUUGAUUUCAAAUUAGUUCGCCUUGGUAAUAAUAAGGCCAAGAAACCUAGACCGAUAAAAAUAAUUUGUAAGUCAAAAGAAAAUGCAGCUCAACUCAUAUCCGAAUUCAGGCAGGCAGUUAGAAGCGGAAGUAGUAUUCGUGAUGGUCUUCGAAUAAUCCGAGACAAGACUUCGUUGGAACGGGAGCUACUCCGUACUGCUCAUAUAGAACUCGAGAAUAGAAAUAAAUCAGGCGAAUCAAAUUUAGUAAUAUCUUAUGUUAGAGGUGUCCCUACGGUUACAAAGUCACACUCAAAAAACGGAGUCACUGGUCGGGAUUGA